AGGUGAGCUGGCAAAAGGCAUCUGUUUCUCCAUCUCCAUAAUGGCUUUAUAGCACGGUGGGACCUCUUGGUUAUUUCUCCUCGGGACCAUCGACCUUCCCCUUUCCUCUUGAACAGGAAACCCUCCCCAGGGCUGUUGAAGAAAGUUCAGGCUGUUUCUCCUGGGGUCCUUCACCCUCUCCUGCCCAAACCAUAAUUUUGCAACACUCUCUAGCAACACUGCCAUUUUGCACUUGUGAAAACGCCUUGCUUGAUUUAAUUAUGAAAGGGUUUAACUUUUCAAACGUUCAAGGCUCAAGCUUUUGAUUGCGCCAUUUAAAAAGGCGCCUCCACCUUUGAUAUUUGCGAUCUAAGAAAGAAAACAUUUACCCCCAGCUCCUCUCCCAAAAGUGUGAAAUUGAAGGGCCUGAGAAACAAUUUGGAUGUAAAUGUAUUGGGAAUGCAUUUGUUUUCCUUCCCUAUUUUCCAUGCUGUAUGGAAAUUUAUAGCAUGGGAUUUAUUAGACCUAUUUGUUUGGUAAAAAAGAUUGCCAUGUGGGAGGGGGAGAUAUUCCUAAAAGAAGCAUCAGAUCGUGUAACUAGGUUUUCCCUCACGUGUAAAUCUUUACGGAAAACCUCGAAAAGAAAAGAAAUUCAAAACCUAUAUUUUCUCUUCAGAUCAAGAUUCGCGAUUGCCUGAGGGCUCGGAAGGAGGAGAAAGAAAAAAUUGUUAAAUACAAAACAGAAACAGAACAAAAAGUGCAGGAGAUGCUUGACUUAAUCCAAAAAGAGAGAGAAAACACAGUGGCUGAGUUCAGAGAACUACGACGCUGGUUGGAAGAACAGAAGAAGCUUCUGCUGGUCAGAACGAAAAAGACGAAAAACGAGAUUGUGGCAAUAAGGCACAUUGGUCUGGCCAAAGUCAAGGAGGAACUUUCCUCUCUUGAGGAUCUCAUCCAGGAGAUGGAGAAGAAGCAUCAGCAGCCAGCAAGCAAACUCUUACAGGACAUUGGAAGCGUCUUGGAGAAGUACGGGGAAAAAAAACAAUUUGAAAUACUGAUGGUUUUUCCUCUAGAGCUACACUGGAAAAUCUGGGAUUACAUCGAUAUCAGUGUGUUUCUGAAAAGCGUCAUGAAACAAUUCAGAGGUAACAAAGAACAGCCACGGGGUUUUUAAGCUGGAUGACACUUUGAUCCCAGACCAUCUAAGGGACAUUCUCUGUUAGUGUCAGGAGGGAUCAAAGAGGGACAGAUUUCAGGGUCAGUGGAAAAGACACCUUCAUUUUAUGUGUUUGAUGUGUUCAGCACAAGGAGGAGGAACAGGAGCUUUCUGAUUUCUCUCAUUAAAGAUGUUCAAGCUAGAAAUGGGAACUGUUAACUAGUCAUGGUUGACCAUUUAACCUUGCUUUCCCAAAUCCACAUGCACUGAUCACUGGAGAAACAGAAUAGGCCUUAUCUUGGGGUUCUGAGUCUGAAUAUUUGGCAGACAAUUAGAGUUUGGAGUAGUGUUUUGAUUAGAAAAACACUGAGGACAUUAUGGCAUUUGGCUUUCCGUAUUCCUUAUUCCCUGAUCUGAGGCCAGGGAAAGCAAAGAAGACUCUAUCUGUAGGGAGGCCCUGCUGUUGAUCCAGUUCCA